AUGGAACCAGCAGGCUUGAACUGCAUCCUCCCUGUUACCAAAGGAGAAAAUCUUGAUUUGGAUCCUCUCUCUCUCUCUCUCUCUCUCUCUCUCUCUCUCUUUAUCCUUCAUAUCUAUCUUAAUCGUUUCAUUAUCUAUCUAUCUCAUUCUGUUCAUAUCUAUCUGUCUCACUGUGUUCAUAUCUAUCUUAAUCGUUUCAUUAUCUAUCUAUCUAUCUAUCUCAUUCUGUUCAUAUCUAUCUGUUUCACUUUGUUCAUAUCUAUCUUAAUCGGUUCAUUAUCUAUCUAUCUAUCUAUCUAUCUCAUUCUGUUCAUAUCUAUCUGUCUCACUUUGUUCAUAUCUAUCUUAAUCGUUUCAUUAUCUAUCUAUCUAUCUCAUUCUGUUCAUAUCUAUCUGUCUCACUUUGUUCAUAUCUAUCUUAAUCGUUUCAUUAUCUAUCUAUCUAUCUCAUUCUGUUCAUAUCUAUCUGUCUCACUUUGUUCAUAUCUAUCUUACUUAAUCGUUUCAUUAUCUAUCUAUCUAUCUAUCUAUCUAUCUAUCUAUCUAUCUAUCUAUCUAUCUCAUUCUGUUCAUAUCUAUCUGUCUCACUGUGUUCAUAUCUAUCUUAAUCGUUUCAUUAUCUAUCUAUCUAUCUAUCUAUCUAUCUAUCUAUCUAUCUAUCUAUCUAUCUAA